GUUUUGGUCAGUUUAGGUUAGGUUAGUCAGAAAGAAGGCCAUCUUAAUAACUAUUAUUGUAUAGUCUGCCCAUCACACAUGUGCAUUAUGCUUCCAUACCUACUGUAUAGAUGUUUUGUGUAUGGCUGCCAUUCCUGUUUCCUACGCCUAUUUUUUCAGCGGUAGCCAAGUGAUUUUUAAGGAUUUUUCAUUUUCACCACUAGCCACUCAGGUGGUCUGUCAGUACUUUGUCAUAACCUAAAUUGUCCAGGAUUAUUACAGGAGGAAACCUGAUUACCUGGAGAAGGUAAUAGUGUAGGUUAUAGUCUAGACAGUUGUAUGCCUUAACUACCUACUGUAGGACAUUUCACCAUCAAUAGGACAUAAAUGCUACAAUACCUCAUUGUUUUGAUGAAAAAUGCACAAUACAUUUUGUGAUAUAAAUUUUAUGAUUUGUUUUUGCUUCAUGUAUACUGUACACCGACAUCUGACCCCAUACUGUCUUCAUUUCAGUGACUGCCAGUAGGUACAGUAUAGUUGACCUUAAAUAUAAAUUCUUAAAAUACUGUAAUUUGUUUUGGUUUUGUUCGGUAGUAUUUUCGGUAAAGUUAGGUUAUGUUAGAUUUGGGUUUGGUAGGUAAGGUUUGUCUAGUUAGGUUUAGGUAAAGAUUAGUUUGACACCAUAAUGGGGAUUUAAUAACCAAAGUAGGUUUACUUAAUGUUUUCAUGGCGACUUGAAAGAAUAUAAUACUGUACAUGUGUAAACUUAAUUUUCGUUGCUGUUACAUCAACGAAGAUUCAAUAACCAUGAUUGGACGACGAACUAACAGUGUAACAGAGGAAGAGUGUAAAAAUCUCAGAAAUGGCACUUGUCUGCCAAAGACAAAUUGUGCUGAGAUGCAGUUGGAGGAAGCUGCCUCCAAGGAUCUCUGUGUCGUAUACAAUACCACAACAAGCUUUUGCAACUGCUAAGAAAGUUGCAGAUAAGGAGUCAAAGGUCCCACAACACCCUGUCUUUCCAAGCAUCAAUGAAGAAGAUCUCUUACCCAAGACAGUGGUGGAUCUUAAGCUUGUACAAUUGCUAGAAAAACUAUCACUUGUUGAUUUUGCUAAUAUGGAAGGUCUGGUCAGAUUAAAAGCUGCAAUAAGCAUGGCAGAUAAACUGAGUGUGGUCAACACGGAAGGAGUGGAACCGCUGGUCACUGUGCUUGAGAACAGGUCUCUUACUCUGGCAGAGGAUGAGGUAAGGUCUGGUGACAUGAGUGAAGAACUGCUGGCGUGUGCCAAGGAAACUAUUGAAGACUACUUUGUGGUACCACCAGGAAACAUCACCUAUACAGAACAAAAAGGCUAUCACCAUGAGCUUGAAAACAGUGAUGAGGAUACAUAAACAAGAUGACAGUUGUUUAGUAGAAGAAUUAUUCCAUAAGCAUACAAUAUUGUUACUCAUGCUCAGAUUUCUCAUGAUUAGACUUAGGACUUUGUAUACCAGUACUAUAAUUACUGUAUAUAUAAAUUAAUUUAUUUAAAA